AUGGCUUACAAUGCCGUGGUCAGUGCUUUAGAGAAGUCCAGUUGCUGGGAGCUUGCACUCUCAUCACUGAGCUCUCUUGGGCCAGCAGCAGAUGUCGUCACCUUCAACGCAGCCUUGGGUGCCUGUGCGAAAGGCCAAGCCUGGCCCUGGGCUCUGCGGCUCUUGGAUAUUCUCUCCGAGAUGCCGAGGGCUGCCAUGGAGCCCGACGCUGUAAGUUACAACGUGGUGAUUACGGCAUGUGAGAGGUCCUGCCAGUGGGAAGCAGUGUUGAGGCUUCUGCGCGAGGAGACGAGUGCGUUCGGCGAGCUCAUGGCAGGCCUCUGCAGCUCGAGCUCGGGCGCUUUCCGGGAGCUCGAAGCGAAGUGCAACAGCGAUCUCGUCCACGUCAUCUGGCGCUUGGCGAAACUCGCCCAAGUAGCGCUCUUCGAUGUGAAGCUGCAGAUUCUCGCCAGGGCAGCUGUGGCGGUGCUGGCAGAGGCUGUACAUCGAGAUCUGCACCUCUCAGAGAUCAGCACUGUCCUGUGGUCUUUAGCAGCGCUCGGCUUGGAAGACCCUCCGAUCCACAAACUGAUGGAACAGCUGAGGGCCAGGUUGGAUGCGGGCCAAGAGAAGCUGUUGCCCCUCAACCUGUUGGGCAACACAAUCUGGGCCCUUGCCAUGCUCGGCAGAUUCGGCAGAUUCGGCAGAUUCGGCAGAUUCGGCAGAUCUGGCUGGGAAUUGCUCCGACUGCAGGAAGAGAUGGUCGCACGCUCCACAGUGAGCUUGUGGCAAACCGUGGACUUUGCAUCCGCUGCCUUGGAAGUCUUGUGGGCUUCGGCCUUUGUGCAGCAGUUGCCGAUGCAGAUUGAGGACAGUCUUAUCCUGUCUGUGCGAAGAAUAGCUGGGAAGCUAGACAGCCAACCGCCGGUGCUUUCCAAUACGCAGACGGCAUCGGCCGCAGUUGGCCCCAGCGGACAUGGCGAGCCUGUCUCGCCUGAGUGGCCCCGCCUUACCCGACUCUACUCUGAUCGUGUGGUCGUCUACAAGCCACCGGGGUGGCAGGUAGAUGAUGCUGUGGCGCGGAGGCGGUGGCCACUAUCUUCGUGGCUGCACUCUGCCCUGGCGCCCGGCCAGCAGAAGCUCCUUGAGGACCAAAAGCAUCGGCGGGGCUUCCUUCACCGCCUCGACGUGCCGACGUCGGGGCUCGUUCUCGUGGCAACUAGCUAUUCUGCAUACUACGAUAUGCAGCUGCAGCUUAUGACCCGUCGAAUGGCGAGGGAGUAUCUGGUGCUCUGUCACGGAUGGCUUCCCAACCGUACGCAAAUCGAUGCCCGCAUUCACUCGCUCGAGGACGGCCCCAGCUGGUACCGAUCAAGUCGGAUUUCGGGUGCUGGGCGGCCCUCUACGACGCUUCUUAAGCCAGCAGCCUUUGCAAUGAUCGCUGCGAAGGCUUUCACCUUGACAACCUUCAAUAUUGUAACAGGCCGACGACACCAGAUUCGAGUCCACACGGCGCAUGUCGGACAUCCGACCAUGAGCGACGGAAGAUACACCGCAGAUGCGACUUUCAAGGAUGACCGUGCACGGUGUCCCCGGAACUUCUUACAUCGAUAUCGCUUGCAGUUCGAGGCAGCGGAUGCGGGGACACAGAUGACUCCUCAGGAGGUUGUUGAGCAGCUCCCGCCAGAUCUGGCUGAGGUUCUUGACAUGCUUGUACCUGUCUCUGUAGCUUGUUUCCCUUCUGCUGCUGGAAUUCGUGGCUGGAGCACAUCCGCGUGA